GGGGCUCAGUACUUGGACUCUGUGGGAGAGCAGGAACUCGGGGUUCUCUGUGCCCUAUUCGCUUAGGGAAUUGGAGUUAUCGUGAAGUAAAAUGACUUGAACGCUAGGAUUGUCUGCAUAAGGACUUGCCUUUGGUUUCUGUGCUGCAGGCCAGGGUUUACCAGCGUCUGUGUUCAUGAAAAUAUGUGCAAGGUUGAAUAUUCAAAGCUGUACGUAUGGGGACGUAAAGGACUUUUUUCAAGAUGUCCUCUGGGUCUGAUGAUGGGCCUGGUGUGUGCGAAGCUGUUUACGGGAUGAUGAGCGCCUGCGAUGGGAGGGCCGCCUUUCAGGGUCUGCCGUCCUGUUCUGACCACUGAGCUCCAUGUUGGUUGAGACAAGAGGGUGCUUCGCCCUCUGGAGAAAUCAGAGUGCUGCAGAAGACGUCAAUGUUACUUUUGAAGAUCAACAAAAGAUAAACAAAUUUGCACGGAAUACCAGUAGAAUCACAGAGCUGAAGGAAGAAAUAGAUGUAAAAAAGAAACAACUCCAGAAUUUAGAAGAUGCCUGCGAGGACAUCAUGCUUGCAGAUGAAGACUGCUUAAUGAUACCUUAUCAGAUUGGUGAUGUUUUCAUUAGCCAUUCUCAGGAAGAAACACAAGACAUGUUAGAAGAAGCAAAGAAAAAUUUGCAAGAAGAAAUUGACGCCUUAGAAUCCAGAGUGGAAUCCAUUCAGCGGGUGUUAGCAGAUUUGAAAGUUCAGUUAUAUGCAAAAUUUGGGAGCAACAUAAACCUUGAAGCUGAUGAAAGCUAAACAUUUUAUAUUACCUUUAACAUUUGUUUAAUAAACUUGAAUAUUGUUUAAAUGAUAAUUUUCCUUUUUCAAAUGAUAUGGAAAGCAAAACUUUCUUUUUUAAAAAAGAUUUCAUUUAUUUAAUGGAAACUUGCCUAUUUUCACAUGUCUUGCUUAUUUAUUUUAUAUUUUUAAAAGAAGACAGUAUUCAUCUAUGUAUUUUGCAUAAUGAUUCUAUCAAGUGUAGGGGUUUUGUGUCAUGUUAUUAAAAUCAGUUAAGCAAUC